UAAAGCAGGCCAAAAGCAUCGCACUGAUGGAGGAAUAAGAUGCUGUUGGAAAAUAACGACAGAUGACCCAUGUGGACCAGGGAAUGAGAUCAAGCCAUGUUCAGAAGAUGGUGGUUUGGACACAUGCAAGCUUUGUGACAAUGGCAUGACACAGCUGGACAACAUAACCUCAGAUACAGAAUUGCCUUGCUACAAGCUGUAUUGUCCACAAGAGUCUGUGCUAGACAAUACAACAUCUCCUACUCGGUGCCGGUGUGAUGAGAAGAGGGGGUUCACAGGGGACGACCCUGACAACUGUAAAUGUAGGGAAAAUACAUAUCUCAAGGAUGGGAAAUGUCAUGAUUGCCCGGUUGGAACUCAGCGACCAGGUGUGGGAGUUGGACGCUGCAAACCGCCAGACACGUCUGCCACUUCCGUCACGUCUGCCACUUCCGUCACGUCUGCCACGUCUGCCACUUCCGUCACGACUGCCACUUCCGUCACGACUGCCCCGCCUUCCACACCGGACACUGCUCCUGGGGUAAUAGCGGCAAUAGCAGCAGCUUGUGUGUUGUUGAUAAUGGGGAUUGUGGUACUGAUUGCCGUUCACAGAAACACCAUUUACACCAGAUUCUGCAACAAAAAAAUCAAACAUGGCGGCUCCACUGGUGAGAGUAUAUCACUUGAUACUUAG